UGGGGAAAACCCCGACUUCGUCUUCAUUGAACCCUAGAUAUUUCCUGCAUCUCGACGAUGGAUUUCUCGGCGGCGGACUUUGAUCGUCUCCUGAUGUUCGAGCAUGCUCGCAAAGCUGCUGAGGUUCAGUAUGCCAAUGACCCGCUCGAUGCCGAGAAUUUGAUCAAAUGGGGUGGUGCAUUGCUCGAAUUAUCUCAGUUCCAGAGUGUUCCAGAUGCAAAGCAGAUGUUAAAUGAUGCUAUCUCUAAGUUGGAAGAGGCAUUGACAAUAAAUCCGAUGAAACAUGAGGCUCUGUGGUGCCUGGGAAACGCCCACACCUCACAGGCAUUCCUCAUUUCAGAUGCUGAUGAAGCCAAGGUGCUUUUUGAUAAAGCUGCUGGGUAUUUUCAGAGAGCGGAAAAUGAGGAUCCGAGUAAUGAACUAUAUCGUAAGUCUUUGGAAGUGGCAGCAAAGGCACCGGAACUGCAUAUGGAGAUUCAUAAGCAUGGAUUGGGGCAACAAGCACUAGGUGGAGGACCUUCGGCAUCUUCAAAUGCUAGUAGUGGCAAGAAGAAAAAGAAAAACUACGAAUUCACGUACGACGUAUGCGGUUGGAUAAUCCUUGCGGUGGGGAUCGUAGCUUGGGUUGGAAUGGCAAAGUCCCUUGGCCCCCCUCCUCCUCCCCCUCCUAGAUAAAAACUGUCUUUGGCAAUCCAAAGGUACAAUAUCUUAUCUAGUUCCCGUAGCCAGAUUUGAGUAGAAGAGGUCAGGUGUUGAUUCCUUCCUGUUGGAGUUGGUGAGCCAUUCGCUAGCAAGUUUUUGUGGUACGGUUUUUUCAAUGUUUUAAAUUAGAAUAUGCUUGUCUCUUCAUAUCUAUUUAACCGAUUUCUUCAUAAUCUUACUGGUUAAGAGCUGUUCAUCCUGCUUUCUGAUGGUGGAAAAUAAUGACGUUUGUACAAUUGUUGAUCCUCUUUGCGACAAAAAUUAACUACAUGGGUUUUGUUUCUCCA